GAGAGGACCCAGGGGUCACUAUCACCAAUGCAAUAAUUUUCAGCGCUGAUGAAGUGCAUCACCUGUUUCGUCACUCCUCCUUCCCCCUUCGUCCCCAUAAAGCUCCAACACCAUUGGUGAAUCCUAAGGAGGCAGACGCCGCAGAUUUGCGUUUCGCUGCGCGUGUCAAACUCGUGCAGAUCAAGUUGGACUUUUCAGUGCUAGGAUCUCGUCGGAUUGUGUUGCGGGUUCAGUGCUUGUAGCUGUCGCUAUAAAUGGCCAUAGACCAUCUUCUUGCAUGUGCACCUUCUUUGGUCACAUGCCAUAAGGUGCUUGAAAGCCCCCUCCUGAACUCUUGGUUGUCAGUCAAAGAAGGCCUCAAGAUGUUCGUCAUAGAGGACAAAGGCGGCGCCAUUGCGAUCAUGCUGGCCUCCCUCCUUUUCUUGGGCACCUGGCCGGCAGUCCUCACGCUCCUGGAACGCCGGGGCCGACUGCCGCAGCACACAUACCUCGACUACUCGAUCACCAACUUGCUCGCCGCGGUACUCAUCGCGCUUACAUUUGGUCAGCUGGGGGACAGCAAGCACGGCAUGCCCAAUUUCUUCACUCAGCUCAGCCAGGACAACUGGCCUUCAGUGCUGUUUGCAAUGGCAGGAGGUGUUGUUCUCAGCGUUGGGAACCUCUCUACUCAGUAUGCUUGGGCAUAUGUGGGUCUCUCGGUGACUGAGGUCAUAAGCUCUAGCAUGGUUGUUGUGAUAGGCACAACACUGAACUACUUCCUGGACAACCGCAUCAACAGGGCAGAGAUUCUCUUCCCUGGAGUAGCAUGCUUCCUUGUUGCUGUCAUUCUUGGUUCUGCUGUCCAUGCCUCCAAUGCAGCUGAUAAUGAAGAAAAACUAAGUGGCUCCACAAAUGGCUACAAACUUGGGACAAGUGGAAGUGUGGAACCAACCAAAGAAGCCGUAGACAACGGUAUAUUGUCAGGAUAUGACUUGGAGAGUGGAGCUUCUGCAUCUAAGUAUCCUACCAAAGCUGAAGCAGGGACUGUAGAAUACCUCAUUGAGCUCGAAGAGCGGCGUUCAAUUAAGGUGUUUGGAUCAAGCACCUUCAUAGGGCUUGGGAUAGUGUUCUUCUCAGGCGUCUGCUUCUCGCUCUUCUCCCCGGCGUUCAACCUUGCUACCAACGACCAGUGGCACGUCCUGAAAGACGGUGUGCCACACCUGGUGGUGUACACCGCCUUCUUCUACUUCUCCUUGUCGUGUUUCGUCGUCGGUAUUGGAUUGAACAUCCUGUUCCUCUACCGUCCAAUGGCCGGCGUGCCGAAGUCAUCGUUGAACGCUUACCUGAAUGACUGGAACGGCAGGCAAUGGGCUCUCCUUGCCGGCUUCCUCUGCGGAUUUGGGAAUGGCUUCCAGUUCAUGGGUGGCCAGGCUGCUGGUUAUGCUGCUGCAGAUGCUGUUCAGGCAUUGCCACUUGUGAGCACAUUCUGGGGCAUACUGCUAUUCGGGGAGUACCGGAAGUCAUCGCGAAAAACAUACAUUCUACUCGGAUUCAUGUUGUUGAUGUUCAUUGUUGCGGUCGCAGUGCUCAUGGCUUCUUCAGGUCACAGGAGCACAAAGUGAUCGCCCUAUGUUUUUCAAAUGUUCAUCUUGUGUUUUGCUAGAGCAAACCACUCUUGCAGUCGGAAGGAAAAAUUCCAAGCAGGAAAACAAGGGCCCUUGCUUCAGUAAGCAAAUCAUGCUACAGCACAAAGUGGAUUCCAUUCUUCAAAUUUGCAAUGGAAUGGAGAUGUACAUGAAAAAACAAAGUUUGAGAUCUGGUUCCAAGAUAGCUUGUUGAAUUAUAGAACUAUAUAGCUGUUAUUUUCUAUUCUU